AUGAAAGGCAACUUCACCCCUGCCACCAUCAACAAAAACGUCACCAGCAGUCUGGACUUCGGACUUGGGAACAUCUCUGGCAAUGACUCUACCUUUAACUGCUCACAUAAGCCAUCAGAUAAGCAUUUAGAUGCGAUUCCUGUUCUCUACUACAUUAUUUUUGUGAUUGGAUUUCUUGUCAAUACUAUUGUGGUUACACUGUUCUGUUGUCAAAAGGGCCCUAAAAAGGUUUCCAGCAUUUACAUCUUUAACCUGGCUGUGGCUGACUUACUGCUUUUGGCCACUCUUCCUCUCUGGGCGUCCUAUUAUUCUUACAGAUAUGACUGGCUCUUUGGGCCUGUGAUGUGCAAAGUUUUUGGUUCUUUUCUGACCCUGAACAUGUUUGCUAGCAUUUUUUUUAUCACCUGCAUGAGUGUUGAUAGGUACCAAUCUGUCAUCUACCCCUUUCUGUCUCAAAGAAGAAACCCCUGGCAAGCAUCUUAUAUAGUUCCCCUUGUUUGGUGUAUGGCCUGUCUGUCCUCAUUGCCAACAUUUUAUUUUCGCGAUGUCAGAACCGUUGAGUAUUUAGGAGUGAAUGCUUGUGUUAUGGCUUUCCCUCCUGAGAAGUAUGCCCAAUGGUCUGCUGGGAUUGCCUUAAUGAAAAAUAUCCUUGGUUUUAUUAUCCCUUUAAUAUUCAUAGCAACAUGCUAUUUUGGAAUCAGAAAACACUUACUGAAGACCAAUAGCUAUGGGAAGAACAGAAUAACACGUGACCAAGUCCUGAAGAUGGCAGCUGCUGUUGUCCUGGCGUUCAUUAUUUGCUGGCUUCCCUUCCAUGUUCUGACCUUCCUGGAUGCUCUGGCCUGGAUGGGCGUCAUUACUAGCUGCGAAGUUAUAGCAGUCAUUGACCUGGCACUUCCUUUUGCCAUCCUCCUGGGAUUCACCAACAGCUGCGUUAAUCCCUUUUUGUAUUGUUUUGUCGGAAACCGGUUCCAACAGAAGCUCCGCCGUGUGUUUAGGGUUCCAAUUACUUGGCUCCAAGGCAAGAGAGAGAGUGUGUCAUGCCGAAAGAGCAGUUCCCUUAGAGAAAUGGAGACCUUUGUGUCUUAAACAUGAGAAAGGAAUACAGGUCAUGGCUAUUUGGUUUGAGGUCCCCUUGAAUUCUCUUUAAAUGGCUUUCGUAAAA